AUGGAGAUAUCCUGCAGCAGCAGCACUAAUUGCUUCGAGUUCGCUCUAGAAUAUCUUCGCCGCUUGGAUGAUACCGGCACAGGGUACAUUUAUCUUGUCUGGAAUCUGAAGAUCGGACUGAGACUAUUACAAAGCUUUGAUCGGUAUCUGACACUGUGGAGGAGGGGGAACCAUGAAACCUGUUUGGAACAAGAUGAGGAGGAGAAGGAUGUUACGUCUUCCAGAAUUCAAGAUCUGAUUAUCAAGAGAAUGCAAGAUCUUGAAUUUGUUUGCAGCGAAUGCUCGGAUCAUUCGACUCGUGUUGGAAGUGAGCUCAUCAUAUUCCUGAAGGCAAUCAAGUUGUUUUUCGAAACAGUUAUCAACGAAUCGUGCAUCAACUAUCUGCUGGACUGUUACUGGCUGCCAGAUCCAGAGCUCGUUAUUGAUUUCAUCGAUUCUGUUUCCGAGAUUCUGGAGGAAAUUAAAGAAUCCCAUUUCAAACGCCUUGACGAGCGGCUAAUGUUCUUGAAGAGUUUCAUUCGCUUUGCUAUGCUUCGCGGUGUCGAGGGUCAGCAAUUGAUAGGUCUCUUGAUUCAUACUGAAGAGGUGUCUAUGAAGGCAUUUCGCCUGGCUUCUAUAUCGUGGUCUGACUGUUUCAGAUAUAUAGUGCGGCGUGACUGUUCCGGACAUAAUCCUCCUCCUGAAGUAAAACCUCAAAUUUCACGGCUAAUAAGUGAGAAGAUUAAUCCCACUGAGCCCCAAGUGCUAGAAACUUACAUCCAUGUCUUGACUGCUUCAAAGUUAUCAAUAUCAUCAGACACUUCAGCUCUGGAGAAGAGUAAGCAAACAGUAGCUGACUUUAUGGAUCGUCUCGUUCAGACUACUAUGGAGCUACUGCAACCUUGUACUAGUACUCCAGUCCCGAUUAUGGAUCAAAUGCUCGAAAUUGUUGAGGGGCUAAGACUCCUGACAAUCCUUCUCAGGCAUCAGGAGAAGUUCAAAGAGCUAUGCCAUGAAAUGAAGAAUCUUAUUGGAGUUGUGGCCUGUGAUGCAGCGGUUGUAAUUUUCUCUCUUUUUGUGAAUCCAAUCGAAGAAGGCUUGGCCAAGGAAACCGAUCUUGCUCUUUUUCAUUUGCUCAAAGUGCUCAAGCUUAUGAGGGCAGAAUUUACACAGGUCCAUCCACUAACAUCAGUAUCGGGAUUUGGUUUUCCUAGGAUCUGUGAGUUGGGCUCUAUGGAUUUUCUCCUAAGAAAUCUACAGGAACUAGCAAAGUCUGAUGAAAUUAAUGGUUCGAAUGCUUUUCCAGUGGAUAAAAUCCAGACUAUCCAAGAAGAUUUUGAAUUUUUAAGAUCUUUUCUGGAGAAAAUUAAGGAGCAACGCAAUCAGAACGAAAAACUUCAAGCUUUCUGGAGUCAUGUUAUGGAGAUUGCAUAUAAAGCAGAGUUAGUGAUUGACUGGACACUUGUUGGUGAUGGAUGUGAAUAUUUUUUGGAUGAUGUUGCUAGAGAAAUCAAUGUUAUGAAGAUUGAGGCUCAAGAGAUCUAUGACAGCAUAAGCUAUGUUGGUGAAACCAUCAAGGGAGUUACCAAGACUUUCACUCGCGUUCCAUCACAAGUUGCUGUCGCCGCGUACAAUGAAGAGCUGGUGCCUCUCGACGACGAGGUGAAAACUAUCACUGAUGGUCUUACAAGAGAAGGAUCAAGGCAGUUGGAUGUGGUUCCCAUCGUGGGUAUGCCUGGUCUUGGUAAGACCACAUUAGCCAAUAUAGUUUACAAUUCUCCAUCAGUAAUGUUGCAUUUCAAUAUUCGUGCUUGGUGCACUGUUUCUCAAUCAUAUAGCAUGCACAACAUGUUAGUUCAGAUAUUGGGUGGUAUUGAAUCUGGGAAACUUGAACAAUAUCAAAAGAUGGAUGAACAUGAUUUGGCUGUAAAGCUAAAACAAGUUUUGUUGAGAAAUAAGUAUCUCUUGGUUUUGGAUGAUUUAUGGGACGCUAAGGCUUGGAAUUUGUUGGAGAGAUCAUUGCCCGAUGACGCCAAUGGAAGCAGGAUUCUCAUCACGAGCAGAUUGCAGAAUUUGUCUCUGCAAUUCAAACCUGAUAGCAAGGUUCACCAUCUCCGCCGCCUUACCGACGAAGAGAGUUGGAAUUUGCUACAGAAAAAGCUAUUUGGCAAAAAAGGUUGUCCUCCAAGAUUAAGUGGAGUUGCUUCUCAAAUAGCAAAAUCUUGUAGGGGCUUACCUCUCACAGUUGUCCUUGUUGCUGGAAUUCUUGCUAAUACUGCAGAAGACUGCUGGAAAGAAGUUACAAAGAGUCUAACUUCUAGUAUUGUUCUUGAUGAUGAAUACUGCAUGAAGACACUUGAGCUGAGUUACACUCAUUUACCGGAUGAUUUGAAGCCGUGCAUUCUUUACUUUGGUGCAUUUCAAGAAGACAAAAAUGUUCCCGUCCGAAGGUUGUUUUGGCUCUGGAUCUCUGAAGGAUUUGUACGAAAGACCGAAGGAAUGAGAUUAGAGGAUGUGGCAGAUGACUACUUGAAGGAUCUGGUUGAUAGAAGUUUAGUUAUAGUUUCCGAACAAAGAAUUAAGGGUGGUGCCAAAGCCUGCCGAGUUCAUGAUUUGGUACAUGAGUUUUGUGUGAAAAAAGCCCAAGAAGAAAACUUUCUACAUAUUUUGCAUAGUCAGAAUGAUUGUUUUAUUCUUACUAGCCCAAGCAACCCCCUUCGAGUUUGUGAUCGAAGUGCUAGGAAUUUGAUGAUUCGGGAGUCAAUGCUAGAAUUUCCCAAUGCCCGCAGUUUGUUAUGGUUUAAGGAGGAUGAUUUGGGGUUUUGGUUACCUAAACUUCUAAGAGUGUUGGAUUUGGGGAAAUUGGUGUUUGUUGAAUGUUUUCCGAUGGAAGUACUUCUGUUUGCUCACUUGAGAUACUUGGCUCUUCGUCUUUACUUGAUAGAUUCUAUCCCAGCUGCAAUAGCAGACCUCUCAAGGUUACAAACUUUUCUGGUACGAGGAGAAAAUGUCUCUGAUUUAUUGUUACCCAAGACUAUCUGGAACAUGAAGACAUUGAGGCAUCUAUGGACUACAAAUCCCGAAGUUGGUUUUAUUUUUCCUGUUGAAAAUCUUGAAGUAUCCUCAGGUUUGGAUCGUUUAGACAGUUUAAGCCUUGCCAUUGACCCCUCCUCUCAAAGCUUGCAAAAGAUACUGACAAAGUUACCAAACAUCCGCAGGCUAAGAUGUAAGAAGACGGCAUCAAGAGAAGAACCUACCAGAGUUGGCGACGGGAUUCUCAUGUUUGACUGUUUGAAUCAACUAGAAUCACUUACUCUGCGUUACUUUGAUAGGUACAGAUUUAAAUUCCCUUUGAAUUUGAAGAAGUUGACACUCCGAAUAACUAAACAGCCAUGGAGUGAAAUCUCAACAAUUGGAAAGUUGCUCAAACUUGAAGUGCUUAAAUUAUGCCAUAACUCCUUCGUUGGGGAAGCAUGGGAAAUGAAAGAAGAGGAGUUCCCUAAGCUCCGAGUCUUGAAAUUGUCAAGGUUGUGCGGCUUUUGCAGCUGGACUUCAUCUUCUGAUAAUUUUCCCCGUCUUGAGAAAUUGAUUGUGCACAAUUGUUGGAUGUUGGAAGAGGUGCCUUCUUGUUUAGGGCAAUGUCCGACUCUUGAAAUGAUUGAGGUGAGUGGGUGUCGCGAGUCUGUUGUAAAUUCAGUGAAGCAAAUUCAACAAGAACAGAUAGAUAUGGGAAAUGAGAUUCUAAAGAUCUUAAUUGAAGAUUGCAUUGAUACAUGGAGUUCCAGCGAAGACGAAGAAGGAUGGUAA